AUGCCGUUGCCCACGUCUGAUAAUAUUAAUACUAAUGGUUAUCAUUAUCCAGAUUUAUUAUCAAAUGCAAAUGAUGAUUUUGUUAUAACUGGUGUUAGUGGUCGAUUUCCAGAAGCAAAUUCUAUUGAUGAAUUUGCUUAUAAUCUUUUUAAUGGUAUUGAUAUGGUUACUGCUGAUGAUCGUCGUUGGCCACAAGGUCAAUAUGGUCUUCCUACACGUAAUGGAAAAUUAAAAGAAGUUGAUCGAUUUGAUGCUGCAUUUUUUAAUGUUCAUCCUAAACAAGCACAUAAUAUGGAUCCACAAUUACGUCUUUUACUUGAAGUAACAUAUGAAAGUAUAUGUGAUGCUGGAAUCAAUCCAAUAAAAUUAAAAGGUACGAAGACCGGUAUUUUUAUUGGUGCAAGUGGUUCAGAUGCUCAAAAUGCUUUUUCAUCCGAUCCUCAAACACUUGAAGGUUAUAGUAUGACUGGCUGUGCAACAUCAAUGUUUGCCAAUCGUCUUAGUUAUUUUUUUGAUUUUAAAGGACCAUCUUAUACUGUUGAUACAGCUUGUUCAUCAAGUCUUUUAGCACUUGAUUGUGCCUUAAAUGCACUACGAAAUGGUUCAUGUGAUGCUGCCAUUGUUGGUGGUGUUAACCUUUGUUUUCGUCCUCAAACUUCAGUACAAUUUCUUAAAUUACAAAUGCUUUCAAAUGAUGGUACAUGUCGUGCAUUUGAUUCAAAUGGUACAGGUUAUGUUCGAUCAGAAACUGUUGCUACUGUAUUUAUACAAAAACGACAAGAUGCUAAACGUUUAUAUGCAACAUUAUUACAUUCAAAAACCAAUACCGAUGGUUGGAAAAAGGAUGGUAUUACAUUUCCAAAUGGUGAAAUGCAAAAAAAUUUACUUGAAAAUAUUUAUAAAGAAAUUCAUCUUGAUCCAAAUUGUAUUGGUUAUGUUGAAGCACAUGGAACAGGAACACGUGCUGGUGAUCCACAAGAAAUGAAUUCAAUUACAGAAGUAUUUUGUAGUAAACGUAAUCAACCAUUAUUAAUAGGUUCAACAAAAUCAAAUAUGGGUCAUCCAGAACCAGCUUCAGGUGUUGCUGCCUUAGCAAAAUUACUUGUUGCUAUACAAGAUGGACAUAUACCUGCUAAUUUACAUUAUAAUUCACCAAAUACAGAUAUACCAGGUCUUACUGAUGGUCGUCUUAAAGUUGUAACAGAAAAAACAAAACUACCAAAUAAUUUAAUGUCAAUUAAUUCAUUUGGUUUUGGUGGUGCCAAUGUUCAUGCUAUACUUGAAGCAAAUACAAAUCGAAAACAGAAUGAAAAUAUAUCACGAAAUGAAACACGUAUUGCAUUUGCAUGUGCUCGUACAAGUGAUGGUUGUGAAAAUAUUCUUAAACAUUUAAAAGAAUAUGAAAAUAAUAUUGAAUUACAAGCAUUAAUUACAGAAAAUUCAUUUCAUCCAUCACAUACACAUCCAUAUCGUGGUUUUACCUUAUUAAAUUCAUCAGAAUCAUCAACAAUAAUUAAAAAAUGUAAUAGUGAAAAACGACCAGUAUGGUUUGUAUUUUCUGGUAUGGGUACACAAUGGUCUGGUAUGGGACGUGAUUUAAUGGAAUUAAAAUUAUUUCGUCAAUCAAUUGAAAGAAGUUCAAUUAUACUUAAAAAAUAUAAUAUUGAUCUAUUUAAACUUAUUUUAUCAUCAACACCACGUGAUCUUGAUCAUCCACUUAAUAGUUUUGUUAGUAUUGCUACUAUACAAAUUGCAUUAGUUGAUUGUUUAAAAGCUAUGGGUGUUGAACCAGAUGGUAUUGUUGGACAUAGUGUUGGAGAAUUAGGUUGUGCUUAUGCUGAUGGUUGUUUUACAGCUGAAGAAACAAUUUUAGCUGCUUAUUUUCGUGGUAAAUGUAUUCAAGAAGCAAAUCUUCCAGCUGGUGGUAUGGCUGCUGUUGGUUUAACAUGGAAUGAAUGUAAACAAAUGUGUCCAUCAGAUAUAGCACCAGCAUGUCAUAAUGCAAUUGAUACUGUAACAGUAUCAGGUCCUAAAGAAAGCAUUGAAAAAUUUGUUGAAGAACUUAAAGAAAAAAAAAUUUUUGCUAAAGAAGUUGCUUGUAAUCAAGUUGCUUUUCAUUCACAUUAUAUGAUAGAAAUAGCACCAUUAUUAAAAAAAUGUUUAGAAAAUGUUAUUAUUAAUCCAUCUAAACAACGUUCAUCAAGAUGGAUUUCAUCAAGUGUACCAGAAAAUCAAUGGAAUACACCAUUAGCAUUAACAUCAUCACCUGAUUAUCAUGUUAAUAAUUUAUGUAGUCCAGUUUUAUUUCAAGAAGCAUUACAACAUAUUCCAUCAAAUGCUAUUGUUAUUGAAUUAGCACCACAUUGUCUUCUAUUAGCUAUUCUUAAACGAUCAUUAAGUACUGAUUGUGUACAUUUAAAUUUAAUGAAACGUGGUACACAUGAUCAUAUUGCAUAUUUUUAUUCGAAUUUAGGUAAACUUUACAAUGAAGGUGUUAAUUUAAAUAUUAUGUCAAAUUAUGCUCCAGUUCAAUAUCCAGUACCCGUUAAUGUUCCAUUUAUAUCUUCAUUAAUUGCUUCUCAAUGGGAUCAUUCUCAACAAUGGAAAAUUCCAACAUUUGAAAUGUUUACACAAUCAUUAGGUUCAACACAACAAGCUAAACAUGAAAUAGAUCUUAAUGAUGGUAGUGAAUAUUCAACUAUAAUUGGUCAUCAAAUUGAUGGUCGUUGUUUAUUUCCUGCAACUGGUUAUCUUGUUUUAGUAUGGAAAACAUAUGCUAAAUUACAUAAUUAUGAAGAUUAUCGUCAAAUGUCAGUUUUAUUUGAACAAGUUCAAAUACAUCGUGCAACAAUAUGUUCAUUAACAAAUAAAAUUAUUUUUUAUGUUAAUAUUUUACCAACAAAUGGUACAUUUGAAAUUAUUGAAAAUAAUACUAUUAUUGUUACUGGUCGUAUAUCAUUAAGUGAACAAUUAAAAAUGCAAAAAUUUCAUAAACAAAUAAAAUUCGAUGAUACAAAUAAAAAUUUACAAACAAAUGAAAUCUAUCGAGAUUUUAAUCUUCGUGGUUAUGAAUAUUCUGGUUUAUUUCGUGGUAUUAAUCAAAUAAAUAUUGAUGGAACAUAUGGAGAAUUAAAAUGGAAUAAUGAUUGGAUAUCAUAUAUUGAUACAAUGUUACAAGUACAUCUUAUUACAUCACAGGGUUUACAAUUACCAACACGUAUUGAUUCAUUACGUAUUGAUCCUAAAUUUCAUUUAGAAUCAAUAUCAUCAUUAACAUCAACAUGUUCUGUUUAUGUUGAUUAUUGGAAUAGUCUUUGUUUUUCAGGUGGUAUUGAAUUAUUUGGUUUACAUUGUACAGGUACAUCAAAGAAAAAUAAACAACAAAAUACAAUACUUGAAUCAUAUUUAUUUGUACCAUUUGAUAAUGAAAAUAUUAUCAAUGAACUUGAAACAUGUCUUUAUUUAAUACUUGAAAAUAAUUUAACAACAACAUUAUCUUUAUGUCAAAUUGGAAAUGAAAAAUUAAGUGAAGAAAUUUUUAAUUUUUAUUCACAACAACCAUCUAUUAAAUCACUUGAAUAUACACUUGUUACAUCAUUAUCAAUUGAUGAAAUAAAUAAAAAAAUUAAUUUAGUUGAAAAUUUAUCUUCAACAACAACAACAACAGUUGAUUUAGUUAUUGUUAAUAAAACUGAAACUAAUACUUAUGAUUGGGAAAAAUUAUUUUCUAUAUGUAAAUCAAAUGGUUUUAUACUUUUUUCAUCAGAUAUUAAUAUACCAACAAAACAAUUACAAACUAAUAAUUUUAUUCAAAUAGUAACACGAAAAAAUUAUCAAUUAUGGAAAAAAUUAUCGAAUGAAAAUUUUAAAGAUACUAUUGUUAAUAUAGAUGAAAAAAAUUUUCAAUGGAUUGAUCAAAUUAAAACAUUAUUAUCAAAUUCUUCAUCACAACGUAUUUGGCUUCUUUCUAAUCAAAUAGAUAAUGGUAUUAUUGGAUUUUUUAAUUGUUUAAGACGUGAACCAGGUGGACAAUUACUUCGAUGCAUUCAUAUUCAAGAUUCUGAACAUGUUCUCAAUGAAAAUGUAUUCAAAACAUUAACAACAAGAGAUUUAGCUGUUAAUGUCUAUCAAAAUGGUGUAUGGGGAUCAUAUAUUCAUCGACAUUUACGAACAUCGAAUGAUUCAACAUGGAUUGAAACAGAUAAUGCUCAUGUUAAUGUAUUAAAUCGUGGUGAUUUAUCAUCACUUACAUGGUUACAAUCACCUAUAAUAACGACUACCAAUACAAAUGAUCCUAAUAUAGAUACAUGUACUGUACAUUAUGCAUCACUUAAUUUUCGAGAUAUUAUGUUAGCUACAGGAAAAUUAAGUCCAGAAGCAAUACCAGGAUACUUAAAACUCCAAGGUUGUUUAUUGGGUCUUGAAUUUUCUGGUUUGGAUUCAUCCGAUCAACGAAUUAUGGGUCUUUUAUCAGCUAAAGGUCUUGCUACAAAAGUUGCAAUUGAUAAACGUUAUUCAUGGUAUGUACCUGAUAAUUGGACACUUGAACAAGCAGCAACAAUUCCAGUUGUUUAUGCAACAGCAUAUUAUGCACUUGUUGUACGUGGUCAAUUAAAACAUGGUGAAAAAGUUCUUAUUCAUGCUGGAACAGGUGGUGUUGGUACAGCAGCUAUAGCUAUUGCUUAUAGUUAUGAUUGUGAAGUAUUUACAACAGUUAGUUCAAUUGAAAAACGUGAAUAUCUUAAAAAAUUAUUUCCACGUUUAAAUGAUGAACAUAUUGCUAAUUCACGUGAUACAACAUUUGAACAACAAAUACGAUUCGUUACAAAAGGCAAAGGUGUUGAUAUUGUGCUUAAUUCAUUAGCUGAAGAUAAACUUCAAGCAUCUGUUCGUUUACUUGCUCAACAUGGUCGAUUUUUAGAAAUUGGUAAAUUUGAUUUAUCACAAAAUAAUCCAUUAGGCAUGAGUAUAUUUCUUAAAAAUACAACAUUUCAUGGAAUUUUACUUGAUUCACUUUUUGAAAAUGCUAAUGAUGAUUGGUUACGUGUACAUCAACUUGUUGAACAAGGUAUUCAAAAUGGUGUUGUUCAACCAUUACACAGUAAUGUAUUCAAUGCCAAUGAAAUAGAACAAGCAUUUCGUUAUAUGUCACAAGGAAAACAUAUGGGAAAAGUUGUUAUUAAAGUAUAUGAUGAAUCUCGACCAUUGAUUCGUGCUAUACGAAAAACUUGGUUUUCACCAAAUAAAACUUAUAUAAUAACUGGUGGUCUUGGUGGUUUUGGUUUAGAAUUAACUGAAUGGCUUGUUGAACGUGGUGCACGAAAUUUAAUUCUUUGUUCUCGUAGUGGUAUUCGUACAGGAUAUCAAUUAAAGAAAAUAACAUAUUUAGAAACAUUUUUUGAAGCAAAAAUAUUAAUAUCUAAAUUAAAUAUAACAAAUGAAAAAGAAUGUGAAGAAUUAAUUAGUCAAUGUUCAUUACCAAUUGGUGGAAUAUUUCAUUUAGCUGCUGUAUUACAAGAUGGUUUAUUUGAAAAUUUAACAAUUGAUCUAUUUAAUCAAGUGAUUGAUAUUAAAUAUAAUGGAACAAAAAAUUUAGAUAAAUAUACAAGGAUAUAUUCACAAAAAACAUUAGAUUAUUUUGUUGUAUUUUCCUCAAUUAGUUGUGGACGUGGUAAUGCUGGACAAACUAAUUAUGGUUAUGCUAAUUCAACUAUGGAACGUAUUUGUGAACAAAGACAAAAAGAUGGUUUACCAGCUCUGGCAAUUCAAUGGGGUGCUAUUGGAGAUGUUGGCAUGGUUAUUGAAAAUUUAGGUUCAAAUGAUACAGUUGUGGGUGGUACAUUACCACAACGAAUGACGUCUUGUUUAGAAACUAUAGAUUAUUUUCUUCAACAAUCUACAAAUAUACCUGUUGUAUCAUCUUAUGUUCUUGCUGAAAAAUUACAAAAAACAUCGGGAUCAUCAACAACAUCAAUUAGUCUAAUUGAAAUCAUUGCCAAUAUUCUUGGCAUAUCUGAUGCAAGUACAAUGUCUUCAGAUAGUACAUUAGCUGAUCUUGGUUUGGAUUCAUUGGGUAGUGUGGAAAUAAAACAAUUACUUGAACAAAAAUAUUCAAUAUCAUUAGCUAAUUCAAAAGAAAUUCAACAAUUAACUAUAAAACGUUUGAAAGAAAUUGAUUCAAGUUCAUCUGUAUUAGCAACAACUACAACAACAAUAAAUAAUACAGAAACUAAAAAAACAUCAUCAAUAUCAUCGUUUGAUCUUAGUCAAUUAUUACCAAAAGAUUUAAUGGUUUUAUUGAAUGAAAAAGUCAAAUCAAAUAAACAUCAACAUUUAUUUCUUAUUCAUCCUAUUGAAGGUCAUGUAGAGAUGUUAAGAGAACUUUCACAACGUUUACCAAUUACUGUAUUUGGACUUCAAUCAACUAAUGAUGUACCUAAUACAUCUAUUGAAGAUAUUGCUGCAUAUUACAUCAAAAAAAUCGUUGAAACACAACCAACUGGUCCAUAUUUAAUUGGUGGUUAUUCGUUUGGUGCUUGUAUUGCCGUUGAAAUUGCUUUACAACUUCCAUCGAUAGCACAACUUUUAUUACUUGAUGGUAGCCAUUCAUACGUUGCGACACAUACCAAACAAUAUAGAACAAAAUUUAAUGAACCUAAUCAUGCUGAAGCUGCAGUGCUUUAUGCUUUUCUACAACAAUUUAUUCCAAAUUUAGAUCAAAAGAAAAUACUAUCAGAUUUAGCAAAUCUUCCAUCAUAUGAUGCACGUUUAUUAUUUGCAGCUGAAAUUCUUGAUAAAACAAUCAAUAUUGGUAUAGAUAAUAUAAUUUUAAUUGCAAAACGAUUUCAUAAUAAAUUAUUACUGGCAGAAAAAUAUGUUCCAUCAAAUAAAAUACCAUGUCAAACAAUCUUAUUUCGUGUACAAACUAGUAGUGAAUAUAGUGAAACGAUUGGGGA